CUUGUUCUCACAGGCAGUUGAACUACAAAACAGGUUAUCUGAAGAAUCCAAGAAAGCUGAUAAAUUAGAUUAUGAAUGCAAACGGCUGAAAGAAAAAGUAGACAGCCUCCAAAAAGAAAAAGAUAGAUUAAGAACAGAAAGGGAUUCUUUGAAAGAAACUAUUGAAGAGCUCAGGUGUGUACAAGCACAGGAGGGUCAACUGACCACUACAGGAUUGAUGCCCCUAGGAAGACAAGAACCUUCAGACAGUUUAGCAGCAGAAAUUGUUACUCCUGAAAUAAAGGAAAAACUCAUUCGUCUUCAGCAUGAGAACAAGAUCUUAAAGUUGAACCAGGAAGGUUCUGACAACGAAAAGAUUGCCUUGUUGCAGAGCCUUCUUGAUGAUGCAAAUUUACGGAAGAAUGAAUUGGAGACAGAGAACAGAUUGGUAAAUCAGAGACUUCUCGAAGUGCAAUCCCAGGUUGAAGAACUACAAAAAUCUUUGCAAGAUCAAGAUUCAAAAGCUGAAGAUUCAGUUCUUCUGAAAAAGAAACUUGAAGAACAUCUUGAGAAGCUCCAUGAAGCUAAUAAUGAGCUACAGAAGAAACGAGCUAUUAUUGAGGAUUUGGAACCAAGAUGCAAUAACAGUUCAAUCAAAAUUGAAGAAUUACAAGAAGCUUUACGGAAGAAGGAGGAGGAAAUGAAGCAAAUGGAAGAGCGUUACAAAAAGUAUUUGGAAAAGGCCAAAAGUGUCAUCCGUACCUUAGAUCCUAAGCAAAACCAAGGUGCAGCUCCUGAGAUUCAGGCUCUGAAAAAUCAGUUGCAGGAACGGGAUAGAAUGUUUCAUUCACUGGAGAAAGAAUAUGAAAAAACAAAAAAUCAAAGAGAAAUGGAGGAGAAAUUUAUUGUUAGUGCCUGGUACAAUAUGGGGAUGACUCUGCAUAAAAAAGCAGCAGAAGACAGGCUGGCAAGUACAGGCUCAGGACAGUCCUUCCUGGCUAGACAAAGGCAAGCCACAAGCACAAGGAGAUCAUACCCUGGUCAUGUUCAACCAGCAACUGCAAGUGAUGUGGUUGCAUGACCUGCAGCAUUAUUAUAACAGGGACUGUUCAGUGCAUGACUUGCUUUUCUGUCCAGACUGCAUAACCAAAACUUAACCAGUUCUACACUUACGGGCAUCUGAUUUCAAAGGGAGAUCUACUUGCAGAGAAGCUUGCCAUCUUGGGGAGUGGCUUUCCCAUUUUCCGCUUCCAUUUACUCUUUCUCUUCACAAAAAGUCUCCUAUGGGGCUAAAAGAGCGGAAAUCCAGUAUUCAGAACUCUACAGGAGGCGUUCUGCAAACUGACAGAGCACUGUCAGCUCUACAUUUACUUCUGUCUGUCCAUUUAAUUCUGAUUGAUUAACAGCAUUAACACACAGACUUCCUGCAACAUUUGCAUAUUCUGAACUAUAAAAAUCUAGUCUUAACGAGUUCCUAAAAAUGCCUUUUGGUGACUUUUAAAACUUCAAAGCACCUGCACCCUUAAAGGAUAUACCUUGAGUCUUUAAACAAAUUAAAAAUGAAGUCAAGGAGGAGCGGCUGCUUGGCCAGCUCAUCUUCCUUAGGAAGCCGAUUAAGGUUCGUCAGAUAAACUCUGAGACAGGCAAACGGCUGUGCAGUCCUUUGUUCACAGACACUGCCUGCUUCCUUACUAUGUAUAUACACAGUAGAUUAUGGCUGUUGUAUUUUUCUCUAUACAUCUUAGCUGUGUUGUCUGUUUCUUUCAGAAACUUUUUAUUUCCACUCUGUGUACAAUUGUUAAACAAUCCAAGGAAAGUACGUGAAUGGGGAUAAACAUGAAAGCUGGCCACACUUUCAGUAUUAUGCAGAUUGUCCUUGAUAGUUUGUAAUUUGGGUUGUUUAUAUUUUACUUGUACUAUUCUUUUUCUCUCAUUAUUGCAGUCUUAGCUAUUUCAUUUCCAGUUGCACUAGUUUGGCUGUUUCUUUGUAUUACGAAGUUUAGCUAUAAGAUUUUUGCAAUAUUUAGACAGUAUAACUCAAAAUGCUUCGUGCUGCCUUUAUUAAUUUUUAAAAGCUGCUUAUUUAAUAUUUUUAAAUAUCUGCACAUUUGUACUACUGUAUCUUUGUUCUGUGCUGGAUGCCCAGUACUGGCAAGAUCCAGAAGGCAAGGGAGUACUGUCGUGGUGUAAGUUAGGGUGUUCGUUGUGUAGCAGUUAGCAUGUAACAGGUCAGAUGAGGCCAUAGGGCCCUCCACAUCUGAAAAGAAUCCGAACGGAGAAAACCUUAAGUUUGUUCGGUUGAAGUCCAGUUCUUGAGAAACCCCAUUCUUGCUCACUUGGAUCUUAAUCCUGCAAAAAUAUAUGCAUGAGCUUACUCCAGGAAUAGUUUUGCUUAUUUGGGCAGUAGUGUAUCGGUGAGCCCUGUUUUCUACCUGAGCACCCCUAUAUUGGAGACAUGGUGUGCCUGUCGGUCCCUGCAAGCACCUGGGGCCUUGAAAGGCUGUGCCCUCGCAUUGGGACGCCAGAGGUGCUCGGCUCUCACAGACCCCUGUGCUGGGACACCUGAGGUGCUCGGCCCUCAGGCACUGUGCCUGCUGCAGCAGAGAGCUGGAGAACAGGCAGAGCCAGUCCCCGUGUCACCUCAGCAGGGUAGGGCAGGUUGGGCUGCAACAGGCCCUGCAGGAGUCGGAGGGCCAGCGUGAGGAUCCCAGUGAGAAGCGUGUGCCGGGUUCCCUCCUGGACACCAUGCCAGACACCAUAGCAGACAGGGAGCCUGCGGCUGACAGCCCAUCGGGACUCCCACAUGGGGAUAUGUCUUUCCUGGUCCACCGGGACCUGGGCCAGUGACGUCUGAUGUGACCUGCAGGACAGAUCAGGACCGUGACGUGUCACACGUUCCUGCAGCAGUGCCAGCGGCACUUCCAUCGGACUGAGCUUAGCAGAGCUAAAGGGUUUUCAUCUCUCCAGGUCCUAGCCAUCGAUCCCUCGCUCUGUGUCAGGGCAAGCUUUAUAGAAAAACCUCCUUUCUGUUGUGUGUGAGGCAUAGUUUGUUUCCCAUCGCCAGUGCAGCUUCAGCUGGGAGCACCCUUCUCCAGGCCGAGCUGGGUGCGGGGCCGGGGCGGCCCUGCGCAGGGUGUGCGGGGAUAGCUGUUUGUCACACCUGCCUGCAAGGGCAUCCCAAGCUGAAGCUGAGCUGUACCUCAUUUCUCCACGUGGUCUGUGCAGUUAGAAACUACAUAUCAGUUGUUCUUGAGCCUGAAGACAUUUAUAUGUAAUUGUGUUUAGCUUGACAAAGCGUGUUUGAGUUCACUGAAGCGGCGGCAAAGUGCCACGUCUCUGUGUGACCUCCAGCAUGUCUCUGGUGUACUAACUUCAUUUACGCUGCGUAGAAACUCUUCUACUUCCUUCAUAGCAGCUUGUUUGACAGUCCCAAAUUAAGUGUUGACCAAUUAUCAAAGUAACUGUUUGUGAAGUUGACAGUGAUAUAUUUUCUGUAAAGUAAUGAAUUUAUAGAGUGUCAAAACAUAAAUUUCCCAUUUCGGUUCAUCUAUGAGUUGUGUAACUACCAGAUUGUCAUGGUAGCAGUAUUAAUAUACAUAUCUGUACAUAGACAAAAAAAUACUCGGUAAUGGUCAUUAGAAUCAAAAGGUUUAAUAUUUUUUCCCAGUCAAAUACACUAAUGCUUUCAAGGUUACAGAAGAGUGUACAGUUGUUAAACAAGUUGUAAAUAAAGGCUUAUAUAAAAUAAAA